AUGGAACAAGACGGUAGCAGGGAAAAAGCUCAGCUGGCGUCGGACCCUGAAGCCACCAGUGAUCUUGACAGCCUUUACGCCCUGGGCUACACUCAAGAAUUGAAGCGCAACAGGUCAACACUCACGUUAUUCUCACAGGCAUUGAUCAUGAGCUGUGUGCCAUAUGGAAUAGGAGGGCCCUUGGUGACAGCCGUUUACGGCGGAGGGCAGCUCCCACUGUUUAUUGGCUUCGUAGUUGUCACAAUUCUCUCUGAAUGCAUCGCCAUAUCUCUAGCUGAGCUUGCAUCCCGGUUUCCCACUUCAGCAGGACCAUAUUACUGGUGCUUCCAGCUCAGCAGCCCAAAGUACCGCACCUUUACCUCGUUCAUCAGCGGAUGGAUCUGGGUGACCGGAAACUGGACACUCACUCUCUCCGGCCAUUUCGGGCUCACCUCGUUUCUUUGCUCGACAAUCACUCUUUACGACCCGACAUUCUCCCCAACAAGCUGGCAAAUCCUAUUAAUCCUCUGGGCAGUGUUGCUCACAACGUUCAUUCUCACCACCUGCGGAAACAAGUUGUUCCAUUACGAUACGACUUUGUCCGGUUGGGGCGAGUUUUCUUUCUUCAUCGGGCUGCUACCAUCAGCAUACAGCUACUCAGCCAUCGGAAUGCUCGCAUCUAUGGCCGAAGAAUGUUCCUCGCCAACAGUCAAGCUACCCAAAGCCCUCUCCCUUGUCGUCCCCAUCGCCGGCUUCACAGGCCUCCUCUUCGUCCGUCCACCCCCCCUCCUCCCCCCCUCCCAACCUCCCCAUCCCCACCAGGACCCUAAUAACCCCCGCCCUCCCUCACAGAUCCUCCCCCUAAGCGCCACCCUCCCCCCUCUCCCCGCCCUCGCCGCCGCACCCAACGCCCAAGCCCUCAGCUACACCUACACCCUUGUCCUCGACAGCGCAGCCGGCGGCCUCGCGCUCUCCCUCCUCAUCGCGCUCCUCGUCUACCUCAGCGCCCUGUCGCUCACGACCGCCGCCUCGCGCUGCACCUGGGCCUUCGCGCGCGACGGCGCGCUGCCCUUCUCGCGCUUCUUCCAACACGUCUCGCCGCGCACGCAGACGCCCGUCCGCGCCGCGGCGCUGGCUUCGCUCGUGCAGGCGCUGCUGGGGCUCGUCAACAUCGGGUCUACGUCGGCGUUUACGGCGUUCGUGUCGGUGGGCGUGAUGAGCAUGGCGGCGUCGUACGGGGUGCCGGUUGCGCUGUCGCUGGUGGCGGAUGGGCGGGGGCGGGUUAUAAGGGUCCACCGGAGUCGGAUGGGGUUGACGCUGGCGUUGAAACUCGCUGAGGAGACUUGGAAAAUGAUGGGAGAAGACAGCCACGAUUGA